CUUUAUGGUUUCCCUGCAGCCUGCCCAGCCCUCCUCAUUUGGCCGGCCAUUAUCUCCACGAAUCCCUAGCAAGCCGUCCUUAGCCUAAUGGCCUCUAUUCAUUUACUUGACGGCAAUGAUGCAGUGACAGAACGCCCGAGCUCUGGAAAUGGUCUGCCGAUGAGUACCGUGGCAUUCAACGACCCUUUUCAGGACCCCGUCCGGACUCGCAGACGGACGUAAGUCUGCCAUGUGCUGGCAAUGACAGCUGUUGACGCUGACCCCAUUCACAGAUCGUCUUCGCAGUCCUAUCCCAUAUCCAAUCGCGAUGUUCACAGGCUAUCCUUUAAAACGGCGCUCAGAGUCACUUGUCCUGAGGUGUUGCAAUUUGCACCUGGAGAUAGCUGGGAUGGAUCCAGUACGCCCAAGAGGGGACAAUGUGACGGAUACUUUGGCUCACUGCCAGCAACACCUACUACGCCGCAGUCACUGCCCCGUCCCAGCACCAGGUCAACUCCCACUCAGCCGUCUCCAAGAGAUUGGCCAAUGACUCCGAGGCCUGGAAGCUAUCAUGAUCCUCCAAGGCCCCCCAAAGAAGGAUGCGAGUAGGUCUGGUUUCCUGAAGGAUAUUGGGCUGAGCGAGAGAUCAUCUCUGGAAAGGCGCGCCAAGGCAGCGCAAAUAAGCGUUGGAAAUGGGCCAACAGAUCCCCAAAGAUUCGAAACGUCAGCACCAGUGAGCAAGGGAUGCUGCCUCCGGAUGUUCCCCCGUCUCCGAGGUCCGUACUCAGCUCCAAUGGGCCUCUUAGCCCAUCGUCAGAGGAGUUCCAGACUAGAGUGUUGCAGAAUACGUUGCUUCACACAGUACGACCUAGUUUGGACCGGAUGCCGAGCAUUCAACAUACCCUCAAUUCACCGGAGGAAAAACUAGCAAUGACACUCCAAGAACCUCCUCCAGAGCUAGCACAGCCGUUGGAAUCAAUUCAUGGCGCAAGCUCUGGUGCCCCAUCAAUAAGCCAAAGCAUCCAGAGCCGGAAAAGCAUCAAAAUGUUUUCUUUAUUCAAGAACAUGACUAAGCAAUCGUCCGGGUCGAUAUCCGAAUCUCUUGCCUCCGAGCAACUCGCCGACGUGCCGAAGAAUAUCUCAAGCUCUCCGAUAUCCAAAACGCUGACUUGGUUUACCCACAAAGAAGAUCAAAGGUCUACGGUCACAGGCACAAGCUGGUUCGGCAAGGCCCCUUGGCACCGCAAAGACUCCAACGACACCAUCAGCAGUGCCACAAGUUCUGUACGAGACUUUCUGGCAGGGAAAACGCCACCUGUCACGCCUGAUCCCGAGGGCUUUCUGAGUGGCCAACAAGACUCUACCUUGACGCCGUACCCUGCUGGAGAAGCUACAAGGGUGAGAACUCCGCCAACGCAUGAGGACACUGCGGAUGGAAAGCCACGAGGCUUUUUCACAGACAUGGUUCCACCUGGGGAAGACAGUGAUACCUGGGACGCUGCUCAACCGGCCAGAUCUACAAGUAUUAAACGAAACCAAACGAGAUGCGACGAUAGUCUCCCAAAAAGACCCAAGGAGUGGUGGGAAGCAAAGCAACGAAUGCAACCCAAGCGGAGACUGACAGGACCUCGCAAUUUCGAAUUUGAUCUUCCGGAGCACCUACCCAGUAGUCCAAUGUGUCCGGCGAACCCUAAACACGUAUCGAGUGGUACUGGGGUUUGUGUCUAUCACGGGAGAGGGAGGAAGGAGUCAACACUCAAAAUAGAGCAUAAAAUGAGUGACAGACGCCAAGGAUCAGAGGUGUCCAUUACCUCGGAGACCGAUGAGAGAUCAAUAUGGGACUGA